AUGGAUCCUGUUGUGACGCCCUUCCACACGUUAAGCCAACUUUCAUUGUGGCCACAUAUCUGGACAAUUAAAGUUCGUGUAAUUGGUUUGUGGAAGACUCCUGAAGAUAUGAUGGAAUCAAGUCAUUCAUCCUUGAACAUGGUUUUGAUAGACCGUGAGGCUGUCAAGAUUGAAGCAUAUGUAUGCAAGGAAGACCCAAUGACUAAGAACAUAGUUCCUGGUUGUGUCUAUAAGUUUUCAAUUUUCCAGGUUACUUGCAACCAUGGUGAUAAUCGUGUAACAAACCAUCGUUACAAGCUGCUCUUGCACUCUCGCACUUUGAUUUUCCCCUCUGUGGAACCAAGUAUCCCUUUUGAUGGAUAUGAUUUUCUUGACAUUGGGCAUAUUCGAAGGAACUUUGACACAUUUACCUACCUGAUAGGUUAUAACUUAUCACAAUCAAUGUUAUUUCUAAUUUCAGCAGUGGAUGAUUUUGAAACCACAAGUACUAUGAAACCAAUGGAUACAGGCAUUAAAAAAUUGACACUCAACAAUAGGAUGGAGAAGCUGAAAAUUCUGAAUCUGAGUCAUUCUCAGCAUUUGACAAAGACCCCGGACUUUUCAUGUAUGCCUAAUCUUGAAAAGCUUGUACUGAAAGAUUGUCCAAGUCUGUUAGAGGUUUCCCAUAGCAUUGGGCAUCUCAAUAAAGUUGUUCUUAUAAAUUUGAAAGACUGUAUUCGCCUACGUAACCUUCCAAGAAGCAUCUAUAAGUUGAAAUCUCUGAAAACCCUCAUUCUUUCUGGAUGCUUAAUGAUUGACAAGUUGGAAGAGGACGUGGAACAGAUGGAAUCUUUGACAACUCUGAUUGCCGACAAUACUGCAAUAACAAGAGUUCCCUUUUCAUUAGUAAGGUCAAAAAGCAUUGGAUAUAUUUCUUUGUGCGGCCAUGAAGGAUUCUCACGUGAUGUGUUUCCUUCUAUCAUUUGGUCUUGGAUGUCACCAACAAAUAACCUCUCAUCCUUAGUUCAAACAUAUACAGGCAUGUCAUCUCUUGUUUCUUUAAACGUAUCAAAUAGUAGUUCUGAGGGAGUAUCAUCUAUUCCCGUGGACCUUCCAAAGCUUCAAAGUCUGUGGAUAGAGUCUGGCUCAGAACUUCAACUUUCUCGAGAUGCGGAAAGAAUUUUGGAUGCCUUAUAUGCUACAAAUUCCUCUAAAAAUUUGCAAUUAACUGCAACUACAUCAAAAGUAUCAAAUAUGGAAACUACUGCGUUGAUGGAAUGCAGCUGUCAAGUGCAUGAUUCAGGAUCAAAAGGUUCCCUGAAAUUUCUUUUAUUUCAAAUGGGAAUGAAUUGUCUUGCCACCAGUAUUCUGAAAGAGAGCAUUUUACAGAAAAUGGCUGUGAGAGGAACUGGUGUUAGCUUGCUCCCCGGAGACAAUUAUCCAGACUGGUUAAACUUCAAUUGCGAAGGUUCUUCUGUAAUUUUUGAAGUCCCUGAAGUGAAUGGGCGUAGUUUGAAGUCAAUGAUGUGCGUUGUCCAUUCUUCUACCGCAGAUGACACAACAUCAGAUGGCCUUAAAAAUGUGUUGGUGAUAAAUUGCACAAAGAACACCAUUCAGCUAUAUAAGAGGAAUGCAUUAGCCUCCUUUGAAGAUGAAGAGUGGCAGAGAGUGGUAUCAAAUAUUGAACCUGGUAACAAAGUAAAGGUGGUAGUUGUUUUUGAGAACCGAUUCACUGUGAAGAAGACAACAAUUUAUCUUAUAUAUGUUGAACCAAUUGAGGAGAAAAUGGAAUAUUGCAAUGCACCAUGUAAGAAUGAGAUUGUUUCUAGUGGUAAUGAAAUUGAAUCAGAUGUUUGGAGGAGCUCUGCUCACGUGGAAUCAAAGGAUGACUGCAAACAAAAGCAGAAAAGAAGAAAAAUUGAAUAAUGGUGAAAGAAUGGUUCGAUAUAAAGUAAUUUUUAUGGUGCCUGGAAAUGUCAUAUUGGUGCUUGCUGAUUGUGGUGUUUGAUCAUUUGUUUGUUAUGAAAGCAGCAACUCUCGCACCUGAACUUCAUGCGUUCAUUUUUCUGUUAGCAACAAUUUUCCAGCACAUCUCCUCAAUAAGAACACUCGUUUUUCUUCAUAUAGGAUAUUACAUUAGCAAUUGAUGCAAUAUGUUUAUCAGCGCUAUAAUAGAAGGGAUUUGGAUCUGUGUCCCGCUGGAAAAGCCAUUUUUCAGCUUUUCAGAACCAACCAAACAAGUGAUUUGCUGUUUAUGUUUAAGUUCUGGGUAGAAGUUAAAUAGAGAUAAAACCAGAAUAUUUUUCUCUAAAGAUGUCCACCACAAUGCCAGGGAUCAACUGAGUUCUCUCUUUGGAUUUCUAAGAACAAGCCAUUUUGGAAAAAGCCUUGGGGUCCCUCUCUACCAUAAGAGCGUCUCUAAACACACUUACCAAUUUGUUCUUGACAAGAUUAACCAAAGACUAUCUUAGUGGAAGACCUCUAAUUUAUCCUUUGCAGGAACAUGUGAUGCAGACCUCUUUACUGCAUUUAGCGAUUUGUAACAGCCUUGACAAGAGAUGCAGAGAUUUUGUAUGGGGGGAUCUGUCAGGAAACAGGAAGGUUCACCUAUUAGCCUGGGAUAAGUUUACUAUCUUACCUUAUUAGGUGGUCUUGGUCUAAGGCUCUCCCUUUCUGCUAAUAAAGCCUUUAUGAUGAAUAUGUUCUGGGUGAAAGUAAUUACAUCCAAGUAUAAAUGUGGAGAUGGUCACCAGGUGUCUUAAACAAGGGUAGAAAUCCUUCAAAUUUGUGGAAGGGGAUGUGUCAAAACUAGGAUCAGGUUAAAAAGAAGAGCUGUUGGUGUAUUGGUAAUGGUUGUCUAGCUAGGUUCUGGUUGGACCACCGGCUUCCUGCUUUUCAGUCUUAUGCUACUAAGACCCUGUCAGAUUUUGAGACAGAGCAAAAGUGCUGCAGUUUUGUGAAUAACGUGGGUGUUUGGGACGUCCAGAAACUGAGGUCUUUCCUUCCUAGAACUAUCAGAGAGUAGAUCCUAGCUGCCAUGCCCCCUAAUUCUGAGAAUGGUAAUGAUGCUUUGGCCUGGAGUGGUUCCCCUGAUGGUUUUUUCUCCAUUAAAUCAACAUAUCAGUCUUGCAUCCAAGAGAAUGGCUCGAAUCAUAACAGCAAGUUGUCUAAGGCUGUUUCGUCGUGGAAAGGUCCCCAAAGAGUCAAGGUCCUCUUGUGGAAAGCUGUCAGCAACAUUUUGUUAACAAAUGAGCAAAGGUUUUACAGGCAUUUCUCAGAUUCUGAUGCCUGCCUGAGAUGCACUGAGAGAACUGAAUGCAUUACCUGUGUGCUUCGAGACUGCGCCCUGGCUGUAGAGGUAUGGUUGAAGUUUAUUGCUCAAUGCCUUCUUAGUAAAUUCUUCACUGAUGGGAGAGAGGAUUGGUUGUUGGAGACCCUGUUAAACCAAAGGAGGUACAAUUUUCCUGUGCCUUGGAAUAUUAUCUUUGGUGUUACCUUGGAUAAACUCUGGCAGGCCAGGAUUUCAAUAAUGAUUUGAUUUCUAGUAUUUGAGAUUGAGAUGCUUCCUGUUACUUUACUGUUUUGUGUGAAGAGGUGGGAUGAAGAAAAUAAAUCAAUCUUUCUAUGAAAGAUGGCUUGAUGCGUAUCGGCAGGGCUUUUAUUCCAAGUACUUCAAAUUUAUAAAAGUCAUUGGACAAGUUUGCAAAACAAAGACGACAAUAAACUGAUCGAACACAAUGGUGUUGAAAGCCUUUCUGGUUCGAUCUGGCUGGUUAUCUUAAUUGAGUCUCGCUUCUUUUCUAACCAGCAAAGGAGCUUUAAACCUAUUUUAAGGGAAAUGUCCACUGAGAGCAUUCAAGGUUCCAAUAAUCAAGUAGAAAGUGAUGAACUCCCUCAGCCUCAAGUGAUGUACACAGCUCUGCAACUUGCCCGAUCGAUGGUUGUAGGAGAGUGAGACAUACAACGAAAGCCCUUGUAUUUUCAUCACUACAUGAUCUAGAGAUCAAAGCAAGACAAUUCCCAAAGGAGAUCACUUCAAGUCUUCUAUCCACUACAGUUUGAGACACAUAGAUGGAUCGAUGUUGGUGUUAUGGUACCGUCUCUGGACUGGGCGGGACAUAAAGGAUGCUUAUGCCCGCCCAAAAUAAUGAUCAACCAAACGAAGGCAGCCAUGGCGGGAAUUGGCGAUAUAGCAAAUAUCCUUGCCCUUCCUUUAGACGGACCCACAAGCCAGCUGGAAAAUUCUUUUGGAUUUGUCUUAUAUGCAUAGAGAUUUGGGCCCUGAUUGUCAGGCCCAAAUAUAGGAAAAGUCAAUAUCCUGACCACACCCUCUAUAAAAGGGGAGAUCAUCAUCUUGUACGAAACACUUUUUGCACAUUUAAUGAGAAUUUACCUUUUAUGAUA